AUGACGCUGGUACACAUUGUUCUUUUUAAAUUCCGUCCCGAAGUCAGCGAUGAACACAAGAAAACCUUUGUCACGGAACUCAAGAAAUUGAAAAACCUUUCCUGCGUCAAAGACGGACGGCUUAUUGUCGGAGGCCCCAGUGUCACCGACCCCAUUGAUCGCAGCAAGGGAUUCCAGAUCGCCCUGGUCAGCUACCACGAAGAUCUGGCAGCUCUAACAGUAUACCAAGCAAGCCAGGAACACCAUUGGGUGACCUCUACAUACAUGUUUCCAUACAAAGAGGAUUUGGUGCGAUUUGAUUUUGAGGUCGAUCCCGAAGACGAGGAAAUGUCAGAGAGUACAUACAUCUCGAAUUUCGAAAUAACCCCAACCAUGCUAUCGGAACCACAUCCGAAAGCGGUUAGACAACUCGCGUUCAACAGGAAACUUUGUAUUUUUCAGAGUCGCCUUCGACAAGAUCAUUCGACAUUUUCAAUGCUUUUCAACCAGUCGUUGUACAUGAUAUCUGUCAACAUUACAUAUCAAUUCUACGGUCCGGAACUGAAUGAAAAAUGGAUUCCUCAAAAAGAGGUCGGAACCGAGCCGCAUGCAGACGUUGCCAGCGGCGGAAAAUCCGCAUAUAUCGCCAACAUGGAAAAUCGGAUUAAAUGGCUAGAAUCAAUCAUUCGGGAGAAGUGUUCUACUGUUGACCUAGACACUGGGAACGACCGAGUCCCAGACUUUUCGGAUGAACGGCCGGAUAUAUCACCACUAGUCGAAGCUAGAGGCUUGAAUAAUCCUCAAACACAACCUACACAGGUCAUUCAAGACGAAAUACAAUUUCCGGAUCAAAUGCGCCAACAAUCAAGUAUGAAUAACGAAGCCCCCCUUGCCCAAGACGAGACCCAACAGGCACACGAGAUUGGCCUGGUUUCAUUGUUCCGAGGCGAGGACCCUCGGUAUAUCGGGCCUUCCAGCGGUUACUUUUUUGCUAAACGAAUAUUUUCAAAUACCGGCUGGCGAGGAAGACACAGCUUCCCCSAAAUAUCAGCCACCGGGAAAGUGUCUCAUUUCCCGGUCGAACUGCUGAAUACCCCGAUAUCAUUACCCCAGCAAAAAGAAGUAGCAGUGAAGCUAUCAAUCCAGUACUUUCGAAGUAUUCAUCUUUUUUACCCAUUUCUGCAUGAACAGACUCAUAUGCAAAUGAUCGACGAGGUUUAUCGAUCUCAGGAGGAUGCCGAUCCUAUCAGCAGCUUUCAAACAUACAUGGUUUUGGCGAUCGCUUCAUUGAAUCUGUCUCGUCAAUGCAAACAAUUUCUACCUGUGGAUGGAUACUACGCAUCUGCAAUGAAACACGUUGACUAUAUCUGUAAUCAUGGCUCAAUGGCAGCACUCCAGUGUCUAUUGUUGCUAAUGAUUGUGGUUGAUCUUGGGCUCCAGCGUGACCUCCGGGCAUCGCCAAAUUAUCCAAUGUCCGUAUUCAAACAGGAAAUGAGGACUCGUGUCUUCUGGGUAGUUUAUACCAUCGAUCGCACGCUUUGCACGAUGAUGGGCCGUCCAAUUGGAGUCAGAGAUGAAGCUUGUGAGAUGAGAUUUCCCCUAGAUAUCUCAGAUGCCGAGCUCAUCACCGCUACCGCAAACCAAUCCGCGUCUGACAUUAACCCAUCGCACAUGUCAAUUUCAAUCCGUCUCUCUAAACUGGCACAGCUUAAUUCAGAGAUUAAAUAUGUUAUGCACAGUAUCUGUCGAGACGUUCCAUCUUACGCUUAUCCCCCUGUCAAAGAUAUCUUCGCCUGGCAGCGAGAUAUGAUGGCGACUCUCGAAGGUUGGUACUAUGAUGCAUUGCAGCAUACAGGAAACGACGAUAGUGGCACGAAAGAAUAUUGUAUUGCAAAGUAUCAUGAGCUUAUGGUAUUAUUGUUGCGGCCCAGUCCUGCAAUUCCAGAUCCAGCAGACGAGAUAUUUGAUACUUGUUCCGAGCAUGCAUUUGCGCUGCUUCAGUGUUUCGGCGACUUGUACGAAAAGGGAAAUCUGCUUUACAGCCGGUUCAUAGUGCAUUCGGUGUUUCUGGGCACUCUGAUUCUACUGCACUGUAUCUGGAAAUUUCCAAGGACAGCUUCGAAGUUCUCAAUAGAUCAGCUCAUGAUCAAGUUCAAUAUUGCACAAAAUGUUCUGAGCAGCAUUGGUGAACACUGGGCUGAAGCUCUCAGUGCACGGGACUGCAUCGCGCAAUUGUCAACUGUUACCAUCCAGCGUUUAUUAAAAAGUCAGCCGACAACAUGUUCGACAUUGCAGUCCGGCGGUCGUUUCAGUGCUGUGAGUUCGCGACACGGCAAUAUGCAACCAACAAACUUGGAACGAUCAUCUCGAGAUUUCGAUCAAUUCACAGUGACCCCAAGCAGUAAUAUCCAAGGACAGACAUCUGCAGAGAGCAUUGGGAACGUAUCUAUAGGAACCUGGGCCACAAUUCAACCAUACGUCUCUACUCAGAAUCCACCAUCAGAGUAUCCGAACCUAUUUGAUGACCUUCUACAAACAGAUCUGGGGGGAUGGAAUGGAAUGUCGGACAUUGAUGGGCUGCUAAAUGACUUGUUGCAUAGUUCCCACUACUAG